UGAACUCUCCUAUGGCGAAGGUGACUUGUGUGCUCUCCGCAUGGCCACGAAACUUGGAAUGGGCUGAUAAGUCAAAGUCUUCUUUAGAGAGCGGAUCGGUACAAUUAAUCUUUGUGAUUUUUAACCAUGGAGUAGAAGAAAUUGUGUGCAUCAGUUGUUGGCUUAUAAUUUGUGAUUUGGCAUAGCGUAGCAUGCACCUCCACCUUCAUCCUGUUCUUCUGACUGUGGCGGCUUGGAGUAAGUAGGUAGGUUGGGAGGGAGGGAGAUCAAACUGCGCGCCAUGGGUUUCCCUUUACGCUUCUUAUCAUCAUUGUCGUUGUGCCUCUUGGCCCUCCUCCUCCACCGGGCCACGGUGACAAGUGGGUGUUUCAGCUUGGAGAGGGAGGCGCUGCUGGACUUCAAAGCUGGUGUCGGAGACACCCGCAACCGGCUAUCUUCUUGGAUAGGCCACCACUGUUGCACAUGGAAGGGAGUGACCUGCGACACCACCACUGGCCACGUCGUCUUGCUCGACCUCCGAAACACAAAUACUACAGAUGAUUGGGCAUUACGCGGUGAGGGGAUGAUGAACUCGUCAUUACUUGCUUUAUCUCAUCUGAAGCACUUGGAUCUUAGCUUCAAUGAUUUCAGAGGAAUCCGCAUACCGGAAUUCAUCGGCUCCUUCAAGAAACUGAGAUACCUCAAUCUAUCUUCUACAAAAUUCAUGGGAGGAAUACCUGCUCGGCUGGGGAACCUUUCGAGCCUCUACGUUCUUGAUCUAAGUGAUGCUUUACGUUUUGCACCCCUUGUUGACAACCUCGACUGGCUCUCUCAUCUUACCUCCCUGAAGCACCUGGACUUGAGCGGGUUGAACCUAACCGAUGUCCCAGAUUGGUUCUCGUCGGUGAACAUGCUGCCUUCCCUCCAGGUGUUAAGUAUGUCUUCCGUUGGUCUCAAUAGCAUCCCAGCUUCUGUUGUGCACGUCAACUUCACCUCCUCUCUUACCGUCCUUGAUCUCUCCUAUAAUCAUUUCGACUCCACCUUACCCAAAUGGUUGGGGAAUAUUACUAGUCUUACCCAUCUUGAUCUAAGCGAUGCUUUAGAUUUUGCAUACCAUGUUGACAACCUCGACUGGCUCUCCCAUCUUACCUCCCUGAAGAACCUGGACUUGAGCUGGUUGAAGCUAACCGGUGCCCCAGAUUGGUUCUCAUCCGUGAACAUGCUGCCAUCCCUCCAAGUGUUAAGUAUGUCUUAUGUUGGUCUCGAUACCAUCCCAGCUUCUGUUGUCCAUGUCAACUUCACCUCCUCUCUUACCGUCCUUGAUCUCUCCUAUAAUCAUUUCGACUCCACCUUACCCAAAUGGUUGGGGAAUAUUACUAGUCUUACCCAUCUUGAUCUCUAUUAUUCUGGGUUAUAUGGCAUUAUUCCCGAUGCAAUUGGAGACUUGGGCUCUCUUACUUUUCUUGAUCCAGGAGACAAUCAACUCGAGGGUACCGUACCGAGAUCCAUGGUUGAUCUUCGUAGACUGAAAGAAUUACAUAUGCCAGGCAACCGAUUGACAGGAAAUUUGAGCGAUUUGCUAGAGCAAAUGACGAAUCUCAUCAUUUUGGAUCUCGGGUCUAAUUUAUUCAACGGUUCCAUGCCUUCCUCCGUUGGUAAGUUCUCUAAUCUCACCGAAUUGAAUCUCGCUGGAAAUUCUGUUGGAGGUGUCCUUUCAGAAGUUCAUUUUGAGAAUCUUACGAGAUUACAAGUAUUAGACUUGUAUGGCAACUCCAUCACCAUAUCAAUUGGGCAGAGUUGGGUCCCCCCUUUCCAACUCACAUAUGUAGAUUUAUCCAAAUGUCAGUUGGGACCUCAAUUUCCAGAAUGGUUACAGUUUCAAACACAGAUCGAAGAAUUAUAUUUGGCAGACUGUAAAAUUGCAGGGACAAUGCCAGCUUGGCUUUGGAAUAUUUCAUCUUCUACCAUCACAGAGUUAGACCUUUCCAACAACCAAAUAGGAGGCAAGCUGCCAUCUUCUUUAAAGUUCACCAAGUUGGUUAUAUUAUAUUUGGAUUCCAAUAGAUUUGAAGGUCCAUUGCCUAAGAUGCUACCGUCUACACUUGAUACUCUAUACCUCUCCAAUAAUUCCUUUACAGGGCAAUUGCCGAUAUGGCCCUAUAUUCAAUUAGUGGCACUCUCAGAUAACAUGCUUGAUGGGGGUUUAUCUUCAUCAAUCUGCCAAUGGACAUAUCUCCAAUAUCUUGACCUUUCGAACAACAAAUUACUUGGUGAGAUCCCUUAUUGUCUGGGAAAAUCAUUACAAAAUCUUUAUAUCUUGAAUUUGGGCAACAAUCACUUCUCGGGUGAAAUUCCACACACGAUCGGAUUUUUAAGUGGGCUUCGGCGUUUGCAACUGAAAAAUAAUAGUUUUUCGGGUGAGGUUCCUUUGUCAUUGAAAAAUUGUACAAAUUUAUGGUUUCUUGAUCUGGCUCAAAAUAAUCUUGUCGGAAGUAUAACGCUAUGGAUGGGAGAUAAUCUACAACAACUGCAAGUACUUCGUCUAAGUUCAAAUAUGUUUUCUGGAGUUAUUCCCUGGCAACUUGCUCAAUUUAAGUUGCUUCAAAUAUUAGAUCUUGCAAAUAAUAAUCUAUCUAGAUCAAUACCUCACAACAUUGGUAAUUUAAGUGUCAUGAGAUCUACAUCACAAUAUUAUGAUUUUUGUUCUGAUAAAUUAGAUGUCUUUACAAAGGGACAAGAUCUUUAUUAUUUACAAUGCAGUAUAAAACUUAUGAAAAGUAUGGAUCUUUCGAACAAUAGUUUAACCGGAGAGAUCCCAAAAGGAAUCGGAGAUCUUGCGGGACUCAAGAACUUAAAUUUGUCGAGAAAUCAUUUACAAGGUAAAAUCCCUUGGGAGAUAAGAGGAAUGAAAUCAUUAGAAUCCCUUGAUCUAUCAAUAAAUGAUCUUUCUGGUAGCAUUCCUGAGAGUUUAUCGGUUUUAUAUUCCUUGAGCUACUUGAAUUUAUCAUAUAAUAAUCUUUCGGGAAGGAUACCAACCGGUCAUCAACUCCAAACACUCAAUGAUCCAUCCAUUUACAUGGGCAAUACCGACUUAUGUGGACCACCAACUUCCAAAAGUUGUUUUAAUAAUAAAACAACUCGAAAUAUUAUACAAGAGUACAAGAAGGAGAUUCCUGAGUGGCUAUGGUUCUAUAUCAGCAUGGUAUUAGGAUAUGUGAUGGGAUUUUGGACCUUUUAUGGUAUUCUCUUCCUCAAAGAUACAUGGAGGUAUACUUAUUUUCAUAUGAUUGAUCAUAUGUAUGAUUGGUUAUGGGUGCAAUGGCAUUUAAUCUUUUGACGAUUGUUUAGACUUUAAUCCUAAAAUUUCUAGUGCGGAUGAUGCAAGACUUUACCGUAGAUGGGGAGAAGAUGCCAGUGAGUAGAUUGAAUUUGGUUAUGCAUCGAGGCAAUAAAUUAUAUCGUUUGUGGUUCAAACUCUUGAAACUUGUGAUGUAAUAAUCCAUUAGUUUGGUGAACUUAUUUGUAUUUGAGAGCUCAAUAUAUCGCUACUAUUAUAUGUGGACA